UCUUCCUUGUUCCUUCGUAUUAACCUACUGGACGUCGAGAUGCUGCGCCACCGCCACCGCCACUCCCGCACUGCUCAUUCUAAUCCUCCUACGAUGCCCCCCUCGCCGGAGGGUACCGCCGCCGGGGACCUAGUCGAGAGCGUCGCCUCCGUCCUCCUCGCCUCCCAGUCACCCUCCGCUCCUCCACUCGAGGAGUCUCUCGCCCCUUUCCUGCCUCGUCUCUCUCCGCCUCUCGCCGCCUCCAUUCUUUCAACUGCGGCCUCCUCCCCCUCCUCCUCCUCCCCCGCUCCCCUCCUCUCCUUCUAUCAACUCAUCCAUGGUCGCUUUUCCUUUCCCUCCGACAAUCCCAACGCCGCCAAGAAGCUUCUUCCUUCGCUUAUUGCCCUCCUUCCUUUCCUCGUACGGUUUAACAGGUUCAGCGAUGUCAAGUCGCUGCUUUUCUCCUUCAUCCGCCUUGACCGCCACCGUCUCCUCCACCUUCAACUCCUCCGUGGCUGCCCGAAGAUGCCAAAAUCCGUACUUGACACCGCCGUGGCCUCCUAUGCUCAACUCCGCCAGCCUCACCUCGCCACUCAGCUUUUCCAGGUCAUGCGUCGUCACCGCCUCCGUCCCUCCCUAUUCACCUCCAAUACCCUUCUCUCCGCCCUCGUGCACUCCCCCAACACCUCACCGUCCGUCCCAUUUUCUCUCUUCCAUGAGAUGGUUUCUCUUGGCGUCUCCCCCAGUAUCAACACCUUCAACAUCCUCAUACACGGCUUUUGCUCCCGUGCCCAAUUUAGUGACGCAGUCGCCCUCCUGUCCAGAAUGGUCGGGUUUGGAGUGCACCCAGACACCAUCACCUAUAACACCAUCCUCGACGGCUAUUGCAAGAGGAGCAUGUUGAAGGAAGCACGAGAUCUGCUAACUGAAAUGAAAACAAAGGACGUCCCCCCUAAUCGGUCCACGUAUAACACCAUAAUUGCUUCCUACUGUCGCCUGGGGUGGCUGAAGGAGGCUACCAAGGUCUUUGAAACAAUGACGGAGUCAAAUUUCCCGCCGGACAUUUGGACAUAUAACAUGCUUGUUGCCGGACUGUGCUGUGAUGCCCGCAUUGACGAAGCCUUCCGUUUGAAAGAUGAGAUGGAGAGACUUCACACACCCCCUGACGUGGUCACCUAUAAUACACUUAUCAAUGGAUGCUUCCAAUGUAGCAGGAGCUCCGACGCAUUCCGUGUUUUCGAAGAGAUGAGGCAAAAAGGUGUGAAACCAAGCUUGGUCACGCACAACAUUAUUGUCAAAGGAUUGUGCAGGGAGGGGAAGAUGGGGGAAGCUGUUGAAUCACUGAGAAAGAUGGAGGAGGAGGGAGUGUUACCAGAUCCCAUCACCUAUAAUACUAUGAUUAGUUGUUAUUGCAAAGCAGGAGAAGUGGGGAAAGCUUUUGAGCUGAUGAGUGAAAUGGUUGAAAGAGGUCUGAAGAUGGACACCUUCACACUAAAUACUGUCCUUCACAAUCUCUGUAAAAUGAAGAGGUUUGAUGAAGCAUGCGAAGUGCUUCGAAGCCCACCGAAGCGGGGUUUUAUGCCUGAUGAAGUUAGCUAUGGUACCGUUAUCAAUGCCUUUUUUAAGGAUGAGAAUCCUGAUGAGGCUAUGAAAUUAUGGGAUGAGAUGAAUGAGAAAAAGAUUUUGCCCCAAGUGGCAACAUAUAAUUCUGUUAUCAGUGGAUUGUGCAGGUCAGGCAGGACAGCAGAGACAAUUAAGAAAUUGAAUGAGCUUAUGGAGAGGGGGCUGGUGCCAGAUGAGACUACAUACAAUACUAUAAUUCAUGGAUUCUGUAGAGAGGGUGAUUUGGAGCAAGCCUUCCAGUUUCAUAAUAAGAUGGUGGAGAAAUCAUUCAGACCAAAUGUAGUUACAUGUAACAUACUUAUGAAUGGUUUGUGUAAUGAUGGUAAGGUUGAUAAGGCUCUUAAUUUGUUCAAGUCAUGGACUUCAAAAGGGAAGGAGGUGGAUGUAAUUGCAUACAAUACUUUAAUAAAAGGACUCUGCAAGGAGGGUAAAGUUGAUGAUGCAAUGGAACUACUUGUAGACAUGGAGUAUAAGGGUCUUAAGUCUGAUGCCUACUCUUAUAAUGCAGUUCUAUGUGCACUAUCUGAGGCAGGAAGAUCAGAAGAAGCACAGAGCUUGCUGUCAAAGAUGGUUGAAAUGGGAAAGUUGCCUGAGCAGUGGACUCUCCCAUGGUUAUCAGAAGCCCAAACUUUAUCAGGGACAAACAAGGAACAAGGGGGGUUGUCUGAUUCUUCAAAGGUGGAAACACAAGAUAAUAGCUCUUCUGCCUACUCUGAACGCAUUAAUGAGCUAUGCAAUAGUAGGCAGCUCAAAGAAGCUAAGCUUGUGCUAGAAGAAAUGGUGAAGAAAGCUAUAUUCUUCUCCCUGGUGUUUGCUGCUGUAGAAAGGGAUCAAUUCACGGUGGGUGCAGGUCCUCGGGGAAAAAACUCCUCCCACUCCCUAGCUACUUUGCGGUAACCAUAAGCUGACUUCUUGAUUUACCUCUCUUCACAUAACCUGUGGACGGACUGUGAGGAGCGCAUGGGCCCUUUGAUCAAGAAGGUAUGUUUCUAGUUGGUUCCCCCUGGAGACCUCGAGACUAAGUGAAUUGGCACGAAAGAAUGCUUAUUCGCCAAGGAAGAAACUCGUUGCUUUCAUUUAUUUUUGCUCUUAUCUACUGCCCAUGCCUAUGGAAUACAUUUGUUCUCGUCGUCUAUCUAUCGUAGUCACUGAAUUUCAUCAAAACUCUUCUCAGAAUGAAUCUCAACUGUCUCCAAGAUUAAGCACCAAUUACCCUAUCCCAGUUGAGUCAUCGGCUUCUUGAGAUAAUGGUAUUGGCAACCUUUUUUCGUCACACAGGAAACAUAGUUGGUAAGAGAACUAGUUUAUGUGAUGCUGCAUCAAUAUCUUCUAAAGCUUAUAACAAGUUUUGCUAAGAUAUGGGAUAUUUUAUUGUCU